UUUUAGGAAUGCAUUGUAAAGUUGACAUUGCUCGAAUAUGCACGCUCCACUGGUAACGCACAUGUGAUGCUGCGCGACAGGACGAGAGAGUACGAGCUGUAAUUCCACAUGAUGUGCAUGGGACGACAGCAGCCUUUCCUUACAGGACCGAUGCAAACGCUUUAAAAUCACUUUUAAGGAAAACCUAAAGGAAGAAUGAUGUUUUUUCUUUACGCGCAAGAUGGAACGGGGACAAAUCGGACGCCUGAAACGUGAGAAGUGCGCCAAAUUGCGACUAUGACUUUACUGUUGAGUCUGGUGCGUUUGCAGUUUAUGAUCUGUAGAAUCGAGAUGCGCUGAAAGCAACACAUUACAGGAUGUAUACAAGAACGCAACGCAAAGAGGAAUGAAAUACUUUUGUUGUUUUGCUGUCGGUUAAGUGAAGCGUUUUGGCAAAGCGCGUGAAAAAACGAGCGGAAAAAUCUUGUUUGACAAAAAGGAUGUGAAAUGCGCACCUCUAGCUGUUUCUCAAACGAACUGUCACCCGUUCUCUCUCUGGAACAGAGUCUGCUUUGGGAGCAACAUGACACGGACGCGCUUCUGCUGUCAUUAACGGGGACAAAUCAGACCAACGCAGCGGCAAUCCGAUCAAUAGACUAUCGAUAAGCUCAUAUAUAAGGCUAAUCAUCACGCCUGCCUAUGUUUGCUUAACCUGUUUGGGAGAGUAUGCUGUGGGACGAUGAACAAACUGCUGACGAGUCAUAUUAUGUUCAUUGGGAAGAUCUGUGGGAGUUCAUGGAUCUGUUUUUGAGCUCCUCAAGAGGUUUUUACAUUGAAACAAUGAUAUGUGUUUUGCAAGAUGACUGCUACAGUCAGCAUAGCGUCAGACAAACCAGAUCAACUAGUUGCUCUGAUUCCUGUGUAAGCACUCUCGGUUUGGUCUGGAAUUAUGGGGUGACUGCUCAUCCGACUCGAUGAAAAAGCCAUGGAUGUGAACUACUCCACGGUCCUGGACAGCAGUGUGUCGCAGCGCGAUUCGUCGAAGCGAGUUCUGACUGGUUGCUUCCUCUCGCUCCUCAUCCUGACCACCCUACUGGGCAACACUUUGGUCUGCGCUGCCGUCACAAAGUUUCGCCACCUGCGCUCAAAAGUCACCAACUUCUUUGUGAUAUCGCUGGCUAUUUCCGACUUGCUGGUGGCCAUUUUGGUGAUGCCAUGGAAAGCAGCCACCGAGAUUGUAGGCUUUUGGCCGUUUGGCGCUUUCUGCGAUGUCUGGGUGGCGUUUGACAUCAUGUGCUCCACCGCCUCCAUCUUGAAUCUGUGCGUCAUCAGCGUGGACCGCUACUGGGCCAUUUCUAGCCCGUUCCGCUACGAGCGCAAGAUGACGCCCAAGGUGGCGUUCAUCAUGAUAAGUGUGGCGUGGACGCUGUCCAUCCUUAUCUCCUUCAUCCCCGUGCAGCUAAACUGGCACAAAGCCCAGGCGACCAGUUACACGGAGCUGAACGGCACCUACGGCGAGCUUCCCCCAGACAACUGCGACUCCAGCCUUAAUCGGACAUAUGCCAUCUCCUCUUCCCUGAUCAGUUUUUACAUACCCGUGGCCAUCAUGCUGGUCACCUACACCCGCAUCUACCGCAUCGCCCAGAAGCAGAUACGCCGGAUCUCGGCGCUCGAAAGAGCGGCCGAAAGCGCCAAGAACCGCCACAGCAGCAUGGGUAACAAUGCCAGUAUGGAGUCCGAAAGUUCCUUCAAAAUGUCCUUCAAGCGUGAAACCAAAGUUCUCAAGACCCUCUCGGUCAUCAUGGGUGUUUUCGUGUGCUGCUGGCUGCCCUUCUUCGUCUUGAACUGCAUGGUUCCUUUCUGUAACCCGAACGAGAGCUCUGACUUCUUGUGCAUCAGCUCCACGACCUUCGAUGUCUUCGUCUGGUUCGGCUGGGCCAACUCCUCGCUCAACCCCAUCAUCUAUGCCUUCAAUGCUGACUUUCGAAAGGCGUUCUCCAUCCUUCUGGGUUGCCAUCGACUCUGCCCGGGCAGCAACGCUAUAGAGAUUGUGAGUAUCAACAACAAUGGUGGCCCUCCGUCUACUUCUCAGUAUCAGCCUAAAGGCCACAUCCCAAAGGAGGGCAACAACAGCAACUAUGUGAUCCCUCACAGUAUCCUCUGCCAGGAGGAGGAGAACCAGAAGAGGGAGGACGACUCUGGGAUAAAGACCUUUGAGAAACUGUCGCCUUCCAUGUCAGGCAAUUUGGAUAGCGAUGCGGAUGUCUCGCUAGAAAAGAUAAACCCCAUAACGCAAAACGGCCAGCACAAAUCCAUAACCUGCUGAGCAUUGGGUGAAAUCGAACCCUUAUACAGUACGGAAUCCAAAAAAGCUUCACUGAGGACCUUAAAAACAUUUCUUGGACUAAAUGAAACUUGCGGAAAACAAAAGAAUGUUCCAAUUGAAGGCACUUUAUGCUGGAUAACUAUCUGCAAAAUAUUGGCAGCGUUUAUUAUUGAUGUACACAGGUCAGUUGUCUCACGACAUAAAAGGAAAGUAAUGUGAAUAAACCAUGUAUGCAUAUGUAUACAUGUUAUGCAUUUGAAAUGUGUAUACAUGCGCAUGCCCAUGUGGUUGUGGUAAAACUGCUGUUGUUAAUAUAAGGACAAGAGUUAGGUCACUAGUAAAAUAUCUUGUAGGUGAGUUUACAGCUCACGAGUAGAGAAAUUCGGUUGUGUCUACUGUCGACAAUAAAAUGUACAUAGUGUUGUUUAUAUUUUUCACCAUUUAUCAGAGUUGGCUAAGUCAACGUCUCCUUACGCUGCUAGUUGUGAAUUUGUAUGUGCAAACCACCCCAUAAUGUAACUUGAGACCAGUAGCCAUUCUCAUCCUAGUCUUCUCUGUGUGCAUUGGUGUGAUGUCAAAGAAGUCGGUGGAGCGGUGGAUUUUCUGCUAUGUGAUUUAUCAGCUGUGGAAGUGGCCAUAAUAUUUGGAUGUAAUUUUUAGAAUAUAUUGAUGUCAAAACCCCUUCUUUACCCAACCCAACCAUCUUCCUCAUCGCCAAUCCUUCACUUGUCAAAGCGCAGGACAGCACAGGGAAAAUAUGAUCCCAGUGGUAAUCUCAUCGGUCGUUACCUGCGCUUCGAUUGUCAUUAUUCUCGCUUUAAGGGGGAAAAAUGUUUUAUUUUAAAGCCUGUGCACAAGAGACCUGCCGAUGUACUUGUAUCCAUCACAGUGUAUUUAAAUGAUAAAAGAAGCCUCAUGUGGAUCCUAGCUCUGCUUUUCCUCUUUGAUUCCAUCCACUCUAAACGUACAAAAGUAGUUCCAGGCACCACGGCUGCCUUUAAACAGUUUCUUUUGCCAACUGCGUGGAUGAACAGUGCGAACUCCCGCUAAUGCAUAACAGAAAAAUGUAAUUACUGUAUCUUGCGCAACGCAUCUGUCCAGCUACCCAGAGAGAUGUUGUGACCUUUCCAAAAACACUAUAAGAAGCACUCUGUAGGUCUUUCUAGCGCUUCAAAGCAUAUCCAGGAUGAAAACCAUUUUGCAUCAUGCAUAUAGUUAUUGUGCAGAAUCCAGCCCCUGAACUGUUAUGUCAGCUGUCAGAUGGGUGGGAGUGUGAUUACCAACAUAUGUCACAUCCUUAGGUCUCUCAAUUUGCCUUGAAACAAUUUAACCAUUCUGCCCAAACAGAAUCUGUGGCGUAUAAACUGCCGUCCUAGUUUUAAUAAUUUGUUGAGCUGUUUUGUUGGGUUAUGCAACUGCCCUUGAUCUAAGUUAAUUCCAGGGCCUACCAUCCAGUGAGCGCUUCCCAUGAACAUCGGGAUUUGACAGAACUGAUACGCAUGAGCUUGUUCUCAGAGUGCAUUAGGAAUAAAAUAAUGCAAGAUGCAAACCAGACCAAAAUGAUUGCUGCAAAUCAAUCAAGGUAGCUUUUAGAUCAGUUUGCCCCUUUUAGCUGAUCGUAUAAACCUAUUAAGUUCACGUUGACUCUCAUAACUCAAAAGAGAACAUCUCUCAUAUUUCGCCUUCAGUAAUGCCCUGUGCCAAAAUGCUGAGGACAUCAUGAUCAGCAGCCUUUGCCAGCUUCCUUCUCACUUACCCUAAUAUUCUCCUCCUCUCUAAAAGCUUGACAGAAUGAUCUACAACCGCUCUGUAUGUUGACUCCAAACUAUAUGAGUGGAGUAAAUAUGUACAUGCAACUGGGAGACAGAGAGACUAGAUGAGCAGACUUCAGUACACAUAUUUGUCUAAAAUUGGACAUCUGCUCCAGGGAAUUUUCCAAAAGACUCUGUUUACUCAUCUGCCUGUCAAAGACCCGUUCUUCACAAUGCUGCUAUGGAAAUACUAAGCUAUAUGUUUUAUUGUCUUAAUGACCUCCACAUUUCAAAUGUUUAGCCCAAAUGAUAAUGUCGGAAUAUUUAAGAUGGUUGGCUUCAGCAGCAUUCGGUUAAGCAACAUCAGAUUUAUUCUCUCCAAUGAGGUGAUUAGCAUUUAAAAUGAAUCUCCGUGACAUUCUGAAAAGUCCCAGGUGCUUCUUUUACUGCAAAUCCUAAGGUAUUCCCAGAAACACUUGGGAAUCACGGGUGGUCUUUUAAUUAGAAGUGAAUAAAAUAACAGUGAGCCAGGUUUCUCGUUUUCUUUUUUUACCAAAGAUUGUAGGUUUAUCUUUUGAUUUUGCAGGUGUUGUUCUAUGUACUUACACAAACCAGUGAUUUCAGGUUGAGAGCUGUUGUUUUCUGUUCCUUUCGGAGGAGGCUGAAAAUGACAACCACUGACAAGCUUACGAUACUGUGUGACAGUGGCAGCACAACCCCCUUGGAUCAUAAUUUUAUCAGCUGCAUUGUACCACUAUUUAUGGACAUUCAUUCCAAGGUGAUACAACCUUAACCUCAGAUGCUCAACGAAAUUACCGCAUUGUAACAUAAACGGGAUAAAAAAAAAAUAAAAAAUAAAAAAAAAAAACGUGUUGUAAGAUGUUAAAAUAGAGAUGUGAACACAAGUGCUUUUUAUCUUUAAGUCCUUAAUCGUGAGUAGAGAAAACAAAUGUAUGUGUUGUUUUCAUGUGGGUUUGUCAUGCAGUUAAAGCACUGUACUGGUUUCUGUGAUUCCAAGUAGGAUGUGUUGCUGGAUUAACAUGCUUUGUUUGUCCUGGAACAACAUUCUUGUCCUGUUGUUAACAUGAACUACUUCCCCCAAAACUAGACAGAAAUGAUUGGUUGAUGAUGUUUUUAAAGCCCCAACCCCAGCCUUGAAGGAAUAUUCUAGGUUCAGUACAAGUUCAAAUAACCACAAAAAAACUCAUCUCAUGUUUUCGUCUCUCUUUACAGUAAGGCAUUUGUUAAUGAACAUCAAUUUUGCCAUUUUUUAAAGGAUUGAAAGCAACGGUGGGAAGCUAAUAGCUAACAAUGUUGUAGUAUUUAAUUUAAAUCAAUUCAAAUCAAGCUAACAUGCAUAUUUUGGCUAUAUUUAUGGAUUGGCUCACUCAUUUCCUUUGUAACCCAAAGUUUUCUUUUUGAAAGAAAAGAAGGGAUGAGUGGUAAUCAACAUUAUGCCACAAAUGUUGUAGAUUUGUACUGAACCUGAAAUAUUCCUAUUCCUUACCCAAACCUAACUUAAAAAAUUGAUUGAUUGGAAUUUUGUUUCAGGACCACUAAGGAUGUGGAUCCAGAAACAUUUCCUACUUGGAAAAAUCACGGUUGAUGUACAGGUUCAUAUGUGUGCUGCAGUUCUUCAAGGUAUACCCAACAAAUUUAUUACAGUACCUAGUUUACAGUUUGUACAAAACGGCCCCUUUCUAUUUGCUAAA